GACUGACUUGAACCUACUGUUAAGCCUUUUCAAUCUCUAGAGACCCACGUCCCAAACUUCUUUGUUUGCACCACCUCCUUGAACAUACCCCACCUUCCACUGGCUGAAGGUCGCAACCCUUGUGUAAACCCCUGGCUGCAGCCAAGAACCUCGAAAAGAAGUCCUUAAAUCUGCUUUGUUUUGCAAUGCCUCUACACCGUCUUUCACCAGUUGUGUGUAUUUGAAAACGUGAGGUAUUUGAAGGAAUUUUAAUGGAGGGAGAACAUUUGCUGAACUUUACGUAUAAAAUCGUCGUUUUUCGGAAGUUUUGUUCCUAUUCUUUUAUUUUGGGCUUUUCCGUUUCGUAUGGUCUAUAUGCCUUUCGCGUCAAUAAUAUCAAUAUCGUACCUUAGAUGGCAUCGGAUGGUUUUGAGCCUUUUAUAUAAGUUAUUCUAUUUGUUUUCCUAAAAUACCUUUUUUACCAGACAAGCAAGCGGGAACAAUUACUGUGCAUUAUUCAACCACAGAGACGGUGAAAUAAUCUUUGAAAAAAGUGAAGGCUUGUUCUUUUACAGUACUCUGAGACAGUUGCUGUGAAAAGCAUUUAAAUUUGUUCACAUAGAUUUUUGAAAAUAUCAUAUAUUAUUCUGUUCUUUUUAGUUAUUUCUUGGCAGGUAUCCACAACUUUAAAGCUCUAGACUUCUUUCCAGUGAUAGGUUAAAGCGUCCCGUCCUGUUGACAAGAAUAGUAACAGAUUUAAUAUGGAUACUUUGGGUGGGAGUAAAAUUGCAUCAUCCGAUACAUCACAAAUUGCUUCACCAAGACCCCACCUUCCAAUUUAUAUGGAUGUUUUGUGUACCAUGGAUUUUAAUACCGCUCACAAGAAUGCAUACCAAUGGUGUAGCGCUGUUGACACUGGGUUUUGUCUCUAUUGUGCUUUUCCCUGAAUGGAAAUGUCUCUGUCUGGCACAAUAUGGUGCUAGACCUGCAACUGUUAAUGUGGGUGCUCUUGUGGCCUACCAUACCACCAUUGGAAGAGUGGCUAAGAAGGCAAUUGAAUUGGCAGUGGAAGAUGUUAAUAAUGAUAAGGCCGUGCUCAAUGGGACAAAACUUGUGCUCACAAUGAUGGACUCCAAUUGCAGUGCUUUCAUAGGCACUUCUGCAGCUUUGGAGUUGAUGAAAACAGAUAAUGUUGCAAUAGUAGGGCCGCAAUCUUCUGUUAUUGCUCAUAUUGUUUCACAUAUAGCUAGUGAACUUCAUGUACCAAUUCUGUCAUUUGGAGCAACAGACCCAACUCUCUCUUCAUAUCAGUAUCCUUAUUUUUUCCGCAUGACUCACAGUGAUAUGUAUGGAAUGAUGGCAGUUGCAGCUGUGAUUGGUUUCUAUGGCUGGAAAGAUAUUGUGGUUGCAUAUACUGAUGAUGAUUAUGGGAGAAACGGAAUAGUUGCCUUGAAUGAUGCACUAGAAGACGUAAGUGCUAAGAUUGUUAACAAAAUACCAUUUCGUCCUGGAGUUAGUAAAAGUGAAAUUGGUAGCGCGUUGGUACAGUUAGCUGUGAUGGAGUCAAGGGUAUUUGUUGUGCAUAUGAAUCCAGAUACUGGUAUUGAUCUUUUCUCUGAGGCACUGUACCUUGGAAUUUUGAACAGUACCUAUGUCUGGAUAGCUACAGAUUGGCUCUCUUCCCUGUUGGACUCGUAUGGACUUGAUUAUGAAACCAUGAAUUCACUCCAAGGAGUCCUUGCUAUACGUAGGCAUAUUUCGAUUUCAGAUAAGGAGCAUGCUUUUACAGUAAGGUGGAACAAUCUUUACAAAGCUAGGAUCAUUGAUUUCCACUUAAAUGCUUUUGGACUAUAUGCUUAUGACGCAAUCUGGACAAUUGCCCGUUCAAUUGACAAUUUCUUGAGCAAAGGAGGAACUGUUAAUUUUACAGGCUACUCUCAGCUCUCCAAUGCAAGUGGAAACAAAACAGAAUUAACAGAGUUAAAGGUGUUCGAAGGAGGUCCACAGUUACGGAAUAUACUACUGCAAACAAAUUUCACUGGCUUAACUGGUCCUGUGAAAUUUGAUAAAACUGGAAAUUUGCUUGGUGCUACUUUUCAGAUCAUCAAUAUGGUUGGAACAGGAUUUCGCAAGGUAAGUUAUUGGGCAAAUCAAUCAGGCUUGUCUGUUAUUCCUCCAGAAAUUAGAGUUGCCAAGUCACAUAAUCAGCAGACUGUGGGUCAGAAAAUGAUUGAUGUAGUAUGGCCAGGUCAAGACAAACUAACACCACGUGGGUGGGUAUUUCCUAAUAAUGGCAAACAUCUUUUGAUUGCUGUGCCCAGAAAGGUUGGAUUUGAAGAGCUUGAGCAUACAGUAGAAGGUAACACCAACAUGAUGAAGGGUUUCGUUAUUGAUGUGUUUGUUGCUGCAGUGGCCUUGUUACCUUAUGCUCUUCCAUACAAAUUUGAACCUUUUGGAAAUGGGAAAUCAAACCCCAAUUAUGAUGAGCUUGUGCAGCAAGUUGCCUCAAAGAAAUUUGAUGCAGCAGUUGGGGACAUCUCAAUUGUGACCAAUCGAUCAAAGAUUGUGGACUUUACUCAGCCUUACAUAGAAGCAGGGCUGGCUGUGGCAACUUCUCUCCGUAAGGUCAAUCCCACUGGCGCUUGGGCUUUUCUGCAGCCAUUCACAUUAGGAAUGUGGUGUACAACUGCUGCAUUCUUUAUUCUCAUAGGAGUUGUUGUAUGGAUUUUGGAGCAUAAAUCAAACCUUGAGUUUCAAGAACAUCCAAAGAAGCAAGCCCUUACUAUUCUUUGGUUCAGUUUCUCAACAAUGUUUUUCGCUCACAGAGAAAAUGUUAUGACCAACCUGGGGCGAGCAGUGCUUGUAAUAUGGUUAUUUGUUGUUUUGAUCAUUAAUUCCAGUUAUACUGCAAGCCUGACCUCAAUUCUCACAGUACAACAGCUUUCACCAACAAUAAAUGGAAUUGAUAGUUUAAUUCAAAGCAAUGAACCAGUUGGAUAUCAAGAAGGGACCUAUAUUAAAACAUAUUUAUCGGAGGAGUUAAAUAUAAAUAAAUCCAGACUUGUUCCUAUUAAUUCUCCAGAAAGUUAUGCUAGAGCAUUGUCACUAGGACCAGGCAAACCGGGAGGGGUAGCAGCAAUUGUCGAUUCAUUACCAAUUAUCCAGCUCUUUCUCUCCAAGCAAUGCGGUUUCACAACUCUUGGCCCAGAAUUUACCAAAGCAGGAUGGGGAUUUGCUUUCCAAAAGGACUCCCAGUUAGCAGUUGAUAUGUCAACAGCAAUUCUGACCCUUUCAGAAAGUGGUGAGCUUCAGAGAAUUCAUGACAAAUGGUUAAGUAAAACUCGCUGUGAUACACAAAUAACAGAAGUUGAAUCUACUCAGCUUCACUUGAAAAGUUUUUGGGGUCUUUUCUUGAUCAGCGGAGUGGCAUCAUUUGUAGCUGUCAUUGUCUUUUUGGUUCGCAUGAUCAUUCAAUUCAUUCGAAAAUAUGAUCCUUCUACAAGUUCUUUCACAUCGAGAAGUUUACAUACGCUGCAAUCAUUUGCUAGUUUUGUAGAUGAGAAAGACAAUGGUGCUAGUAAAGAAGAUUCAAAGAGCAAGUCUUCAAGAAUUCAAGAGAGCGUUACCCCAAGAAAUCAACAACACACUUGGCUUGAGUCUGAAUUCUGCUUUACUAAUCAACAAAUUUCAGCUGGCGAAAAUGUAAUGUAGCAUUGUUUAGUCCAAUGUUGAUGUGAUGUCCUGUUCAUCUAAACAAUAGCUCAAAUGAUAUUCUGAUGGCAAAUAAUAGUUCAUGGGCAGGUGGUACAAGAGAGCAGAUAGCAAAGGCUUUUUGUUACAGAUUUAUUUUCUUAGGAUUUUCAUGGAUAAAGGGCUGUAAAACUGUUGGAUUAGCAUCAAUUUGAAUCAAUUUACGAAAGCACAUUAAUUAGGAUAAAUUCUUGUUCUCCAGCCAUAUAGUUAUGUUUGAUGCAGUAGGAAAAUGGAAUUCUCAUUUUGUUUUUUCAAGUAGUAAAAGUAGCUAUGGUCUUAUGGAUGGAGGUGGAGGGAGGAAUUUCUAGCUCCACCCAUAAACAACUGGAAAUUUCAAAGCUCUAAAGUUUGCUUAUUUUUUAG